CCAUCACCCCCCCCCCUCCUUCCGUGCUGCUCGCCUGCUCAGCUCCGUAUUGUCCAGCUUCUGCUCGCCGUAUCUGAACCGUUUCCGCGCUGGCCCAGCGUCCUGCCGGCUCUAGGCGCCAACCCCUCCAAUGGAUCAGCACGACGACUUCGACAGCGUCUCAUGGAGACAUGACCCGGACAGCGAUCUCUCGCGCCCUACAACUUCCGGAACCGAUGCCGAAGAACCCAUUCCUUACAACCACGAUGUCAAUGGCAAGCGCAGGAUGAGCUCCGCCCAAGAACCCCCCCAGGCCGGCCCGCUGGCCGAUGCCGUCGACCUGGCCGGGAUCGGCGACGGGGUGCUGGAGUGUCAGGUCGAUUCCCCGUUGAAGGAGAAUGACGGCACAAAAGACGCAUACAUCUCGUACUUGGUCACUACGAAUACCGACUUCAAGUCCUUCCAGAAACCAGAGUUUACUGUGCGACGAAGAUUCACUGAUUUCUAUUUCCUAUACAAGACGCUCUACCGGGAAUAUCCCGCUUGCGCGGUCCCGCCACUGCCCGAUAAGCAUAAGAUGGAGUAUGUGCGAGGCGAUCGAUUUGGACCCGAAUUCACCACCCGGCGCGCAUGGUCACUACACCGGUUUCUGAAACGCUUGUCCCUGCACCCGGUGCUCCGCCGGGCUCCAUUGCUGGCGAUCUUCCUGGAGUCCCCCGACUGGAAUGCGCAUAUGCGGUUGCGGUCGAACCGCAACUCGAACAGCACGUCGGAUGGCAGUGGCGUCCCUGGGAUCUUUGACAACUUCACGGACACCUUUGUCAAUGCGUUCACCAAAGUGCACAAGCCGGACCGGCGGUUCAUCGAGGUGCGGGAGAAGGCAGACAAGCUGGACGAGGACCUCAACCACGUCGAGAAGAUUGUGGCCCGGGUAGCUCGGCGAGAGUCUGAUCUGGAAGCAGACUACAACGACCUCGCGACACAGUUCCGCAAACUGGUGCCCCUGGAGCCCGAGGUGGAGGUGCCUCUCCAGGUCUUUGCCGCCUCGGUGGAGGAGACCGGACGGGGACUCAAGACGAUCAAGGACCACACCGACCAGAACUACCUGGGUUCGCUCCGAGAUAUGGAAGCGUACAUCUUAUCGGUCAAGUCGCUCUUGAAGACGCGGGAGCAGAAACAGCUCGACUUCGAAGCGCUGGUCGACUACCGGAACAAGGCGGUGGCCGAGCGGGACUCUCUCGCAUCCAACCCAGCAUCAUACUAUGCGUCCAACCCGCUGACGUCGUCCCCGGCCUCGUUCAUCCGGUCCAAGAUGGAAGACAUGCGCGGAGUGGACCACGAGCAGUCGCGACGCGAGCGGGUUCGCAAGCUGGAACUUCGGAUCGACGAGCUCACGCGCGAGGUCGAGUCCGCCAAGACGACGUCGGAGAUGUUCGAUGAAGAGGUCGUGCGCGAGGUGGCCGACUUCGAGCGCAUCAAGGCCGUCGAGUUCCGGGAUACGAUGGGCGCGCUGGCGGAGAAACACAUCGACUUCUACCAGGGGGUGCUGAACACGUGGGAGAGGUUCGUCGCCGAGAUGGAGGGCGACCUGGAAGACGACCUCGACGAGUCGGGUCUCCCCAAGGAAGUCGAAAGCCGGUAGUCGGUUCGUUCGCACCCGACGGGGAUGGAUUAAUCUACUCUUGUCUCUUGUCUACGUGAUGUCGCACUAGCCUUGAUUUCUUUCUUCUCAUGAGAAGUUCUCUUUUCCCGGGUAGGAGACUGUUGAUUCCAUGAAUAUUACGACGCUGUAUCCCAUUCUCGUACCAUAAUGCUCGGUAGAUCGCACUCAUCGCAUAACACAGUAGGUAGCCCUAACCUUGCUUCCUCCGUCU